UUCGUUUUGUUAUUGUAAUUGCAAUUUAAUAAAAUCCAAGACUUUCUUAAAGCUAAUGAUCUAUUGUAAGACGCCAUUUAAAUAAGACUAAAUAAUAAUUGAAGGAGAUGGAGGUCCGUUUGGAAGACUUCAACAGAUGUUGUCGCUGCUGCCUUGCGAUGGUGGAUGCAAUGAAACCUAUAUUUGGUGCUUGUCUCAAUGAUAUGCUUACAAAAUUAAUGAGUUUUCAGAUAGCACAGAAUGAUGGGUUCCCGCAACAAAUGUGUUCCCGAUGUGUUCUCAAACUGAGCUCUUCAUACACUUUCUACACAAUGGUGAUGAGAAACCACAAGACUUUAGAAGAAAUAUUAGAGACUGCUGAAAAAAAUGGAGAACUAUCUGCCUCAGCAGACAACAAGGAACAAGGGAAAGAGAAAGUAUACACCGAAAUAGAAAAGACAGAAGAAACUACAUCAGAGAAAUGUCAAAUCGCAUCAAAUAUUCAGAGGAAAGUGCCUUGUGAUCAAAAUUUCAAUCCAAAAAUAAUUACAGCAAAGAACACACCUAUAGUAUCGGAAUCGGAGCAUAGUGAGGAUUCUGAUAAAGAAGACGAUUAUCACUGUUCACAGUGUGAAUAUACUUCAAAGAACCAGGGAACUUUUGAGGUUCAUUUACAAACACACCUUGUUGGACCUAAAAAUAUAUCGAAAGACCUAGACGCCUGCGCGCAACUAUGUAAUAUCUGUGGAGCCAGGUUCCGUUGGCGAACGUCGUUGCUCAAGCAUUUGAGGCGGCAUAGCGGCGGCCGACACCGGUGCGAGGUCUGUCAAAAAGUGUUCGCCGAGGCGGAAGCGAGUGGAAACUCUAAAUGCGCAUAUGGUGUAAGUAUAUUAUAUGUAGUUAAAUAUUUAAAAUUAGCAGCGAUUUCUUCCGCAAGCCACAGCUUAAACCAAAAACCCCACGAAUGCAAUACGUGCGGCCGCUCGUUCACCCAACAAUCCAGCCUCAGGAAACACGCGCAGGCGCACGAUGCCCGCUCCCAACAUAAGUGCAUCGACUGCGACAAGAGCUUUCUGCAUAAAUAUUCAUUGCUGAGACAUCGAGAAAACGCACACUCGGCUAACGAGUGUCCACUCUGCAGAGAGAUAUUUAGAGGUAAAAAGCUUAUUGAUGCCCACAUGAGGCUUCAUAAAAAGGAGACGGACAGCCCAAACGCAGAAAUGUUGACGGACAAUGAAAUGGUGACUGAAUCAAUAAAUAUUCAGACAGUUACGGUGGAAUUCCUCUGUCUAAUAUGCACUCAAAAGUUCCAAAGCAGAGAGAGUCUAGAGGUAUGUGUUGAUAAUUACAACAACGACAUACUAAUUCGUAGUAUGUGUCAGAUAAGUGUGAACAUAUGA